AUGCCACGAUGGGUAUUCAACUAUACGAAGGGGGCUCUCACCAGGGAUGAUAAGGAGAAGCUUGCAAAAGGCAUGUCGAAGAUCUACACAACCUUUGGGCUGCCUGCCUUUCUCGCACAUGUGCAGUUCUUUGAGCUGGAGCCCGACGAUUUCUGGUCUGGCGGUGAGACCUCUCACCCUUCUACGACCAUCACAAUCUACCAUGCCGCCGCGAAUAUCCGAACUAAGGACGAAGGUGAACAUUUUCUUAAGGCACUGGACGAUGUUGUGCGACCAGUCCUGAAACCCAAGGACAUCAGGUGGGAGUCCAACAUCUACGAGACCCCACGUGACAAUUGGAGACUGCAGGGCAUGGCACCUCCGGAUUUUGGCACGGCCAUGAACGACAAAUGGAUUGCAGAAAACACCUUUACGGAUGAAGAUGAAGAGCAAAUCUUGCGGGAGCAAGGUUAUUUCAGACAGGAUGACUCUCGCUGGCAGUUACCAAAAUUUUGA